GUCCUCUCCCAUGGUACCUGUGUCGAGCUGUGAGCUGAAUAAGAACACUCGUCGCUGCCACCAGCAGCCGCUCUCCUCCCACCUGAGCUGCCGCCUUUACCAGACGUGUGACCACGCCGUGCUGCUUGCAGGUGGCUGGAGGCAGCAGAUGACCUUCCAGCGUCACGCCACCAAUCUUCAGAACUUCUACAGAAUGUUGAGAAACAACGGCUUCCACAAAGACCACAUCAAGACCUUCUUUGCCGGCAGUGGGCAGCUCCCUGAGGACGUAGAGGGCGUGCACUCAGCCACGGAGAAGGCGGUGAUUCGUAACCACGUCUCGUACGUCUGCAGGAAGCAGCACUGUGCCGACACACUGGUUCUUUACCUGAACUCCCCAACACGCAGCGAUGGAACCAUGCUGCUGUGGGAUGCUAACCUCAAUGGCAUUGCUGAUCUGAAGGAGCGAUAUUCAGUGACUGAGCUGCUCUCCGACCUGGUGGGCUGCAGAGCGUCUCGUGUGCUGCUCUUUGUGGAUCAGAGCUACAGUGGCGUUCUAUUCAAGAGGUUGCGAAGUUCUCAGAAGCACCUCAAUGUGGUCCUGAUCCAAAGUCCAACCCGACAGUACCAGAAGAUGAACCCGGGCCAGGAGGACUGCAGCUGGACCUCAAUCAGUCCGACCACCUGCCUGCUGGACCACCUGGGAAAGUGUGCCGGUACGCCCCGCCUUCUGGAGCCGUGGGCUGGCCUCCUGAACGUGACGUUGGCAGGCGCACCGUGCAACGCCACACCCCUGCUGACGGAGGGCGAGCUGCGGCGGGAGUACCAGGGCUGCCAGAACCUGCCCACCGCACUGUGGCACCAGAACCACCGGAGAGUCCACUGA